UUGGGGUGGGUGUGGGGGCAUUAUAGAGAAUCUAAAGAAACACUUCAAGAUAAAAGUCCGAGUCGAUUAUCUAAGUGGAGAGCGGUAAAAGAAAAAAAAGUAUUUUCAAAGUCACUUUUCCUUCCAUCCUUUUCUCUUUCCUUCCCUAAUUUUUUCUUUCCUUUUCUUUCUUUCUUUCUUUCUUUCUUUCUUUUUAUUUUCUUUCUUUCUUUUCUGUCUUACUUUCCUGACUUCCUUCUUUCCUUCCUUCCUUCCUUCCUUCCUUCCUUACUUACUUACUUCCUUCCUUCCUUCCUUACUUCCUUCCUUCCUUCUGUCUUCAUUUUCUGUCUUUCCUUCCUUCUUUCUCUCUAUUCUUCCUUCCUUUUCCGUCUUCCUUUCCUUUUUUCUCUCUUACCUCCCUUUCUUCUAUUUCCUUCCUUUAUUUUUUUUCCUUUUCUGUCUUCCUUCCUUCGUUCCUUCUUUUAUUUUUUCGCAUUCCUUCCUUCCUUCCUUCAUUUUUUUCUGUCUUCAUUUUCUCUCCUUCCUUUCUUCGUCCCUUCCUCCAUUUUUUCGUCUUCCUUCCUUCCUUCCUUCCUUUAUUUUUCUUUCUUCCUUCCCUCUCUCUUUCCUUUCUUUAUUUUUCUUUCUUCCUUUUCCGUCUUCCUUCCUUCCUUUAUUUUUCUUCCUUCCUUUUCCUUCCUUCCUUCCUUCCUUCCUUCCUUCCUUCCUUCCUUCCUUCCUUCCUUCCUUCCUUCCUUCCUUCUGUCUUCAUUUUCUGUCUUUCCUUCUUUCUUUCUCGCCUUUCUUCCCUCCUUUUCCGUCUUCCUUUCCUUUUUUCUCUCCAACCCCCCCUUUCUUCUAUUUCCUUCCUUUAUUUUUCUUUCUUCCUUUUCUGUCUUCCUUCCUUCGUUCCUUCUUUUAUUUUUUCGCAUUCCUUCCUUCCUUCCUUCCUUCCUUCCUUCCUUCCUUCCUUCCUUCCUUCCUUCCGUCCGUCCGUCCGUCCGUCCUUCCUUCCUUCCUUCCUUUAUUUUUUCCUUUCUUUCUUUUCCGUUUCCCUUUCCUUUUUUUAUUUCUUUCCUUUCUUCUCUCUUUCCUCCCUUUAUUUUUCUUUCUUCUUUUCUGUCUUCCUUUCUUUUUACUUUCUUUCUUUCAUCCCUUCCUCCCUUCCUUCCUUUUCUCUUUCUUCCCUUUCUAUUUCCCUUUCCUUUUUUCUUCUUCCCACCCAUUCUUCUUUCCUUCCUUCAUUUUCUUCUUUUUCCGUUUUCUUUUUUCUUUUUCUUUCUUUCUUUGCUUCAUUUUUUGCUUGCUUCCUUUUCUGCCUACCUUUUCUUUUUUCUUUUUUCUUUUUUCUUUCCUUGCUUCCUUCUUUUCUUUGUUCAUAUUUUUCCUUCCUUCCUUCCUUCCUUCCUUCCUUCCUUCCUUCCUUACCAUAUUUUCUUUUCUUCUUUCUGA